GGAGGCGAGUGGGAACAAAAGAAAGAAAGAAAGAAAAAAGAAAGGAAGGAAGGAAGGGGAGGACAAACUAGCCCGGGAUCGGCUCCUUGUCAUUAGUGGGGCUGUAGAGACGCCACCUUUCUUCCCAUUCUAUCAAGCACGCUCCACCUAGUCCUCUCCAGCUGUGACCCGCAGGACAGGGUCGCCUGGGAAGCUGUGGCACCUCGCGUGGAGCCAGUCACCAGUCCGGCAGGGGGCCUAACGAGCCCAGCCGAGCCCAGAAGUGCCAAGGGUACCAAGAGCGCAGCCGGAGGAGCAAUUUUUAGACAACAGGUUUCCCUGUCGUCCACUGCGUCCAACUUGGAGCGGCGCCUGAGAAGACAGAGCGAAAAGGGCACCGAUUUCAGUUCUCGGCAAGAUGAAAGACCGGCUCCCAGAGUUGCUGGAAUUAUCCAGGCAGCAUGACCAACAGUUUCCUGAUGGAGAGGAUGAAGUGGACUUGGCCCCGGAGAAUAUUAUAUUUGAGACAGACUACAUCCUGGAAUCUUUGUACAGAGACAUCCGAGACAUCCAGACAGAGAAUCACCUGCUGACCGUGGACGUCAAGCGUCUGGGCAAGCAGAACGCCCGCUUCCUCACCUCCAUGCGCCGCCUCAGCAGCAUUAAGCGAGACACCAACUCCAUUGCUAAGGACAUCAAAACUCGGGGAGAAGCCAUCCAUAAGAAGCUCCAGGGCAUGAAAACUUUCAGCGAGGUAGCAGAGCAGAAGCAUGGUGCCAAUUCCGCCAUGGCCCGAAUCUCCAAGGCCCAGUACAACGCGCUCACUCGGGCUUUCCAGGAGGCCAUGCACGACUACAACCAAGCCGAGAUGAACCAGAGGGAGAACUGCAAGAUCCGUAUUCAGCGGCAGCUGGAGAUCAUGGGCAAAGAGGUCUCCGGGGCUCAGAUAGAAGAGAUGUGCGAGCAAGGCAAGUGGGAUGUUUUCUCCGAGAACCUCCUGGCCGACGUGAAAGGGGCCCGGUCCGCCCUGAACGAGAUUGAGAGCCGGCACAAGGAGCUAGUGAAAUUGGAGAGCCGGAUCCGGGAGGUGCAUGAACUUUUCCUCCAGAUGGCUUUGCUUGUGGAAGAGCAGGGGGACACGCUGGAUGUCAUAGAGCUGAACGUGGAAAAGAUCCAGAACUACAUUGGGGAGGCAAAAGCUCAUGUGAAGAAAGCGGUGGAGUACAAAAAGAAGAACCCUUGUCGGACACUGUGCUGCUGCUGCUGCCGGUGCCUCGAGUGAGACGGGUGUGACUGGAACCCCUGGACCCCCAUCACCACCAACUGACUGUGACUAGAAUAUGCUGAAUGAACACUUCGAUGAAGACUUGUACAGUCUCGGAACAAAAAUGAGUUAGACCUUCCUCAAGGGCCUCAGGAACGAUUGCAGAUCAUUUUUGUAUCUCUCAAAGGGAAGCAGCAGCAGCAGCAGCAGCAGCAGCAGCAGCAGCAGAAGAAGAAGAAGAAGAAAAGAAGAAGAAGAAGAAAAGCUGGACUAAGAAGUUGGGUUACACCUCCUCUCUAAAAGAUAAUUGAUGCUGCCAAAGUUUUCAUCAGUAAAAAACAAGAUUUGCUAUAGUACUAAUUCUCAUUAGCUCUGUGUAUAGUGUAUCAAAAUGCUUUCACUCUUUUUAUGGAAAAUAGAGACAGGAACAAUAUUCUUAUCCUUGGAAAGUUAGUGUUAUAAGCAUUUUUCUCAGCAGGGGGAAGUCCAAUUAUGGGUCCACCAAAAUUAUGAGGUUUCUUAGUCAUUUGAUCAUGGUCAAAUAGGCUGGUUCCAAUAGAACCAGAAAAGUAAAUUACUUCCUCACAUAACUAGAUGCUGGAAUCCUCCUAGGACCUGGUCCUUAAGAAUUUAAUUUACUUGGAAACUGAGAGAAAAUAUAAAAUUGCUUGUUUUUCUCCCUUGCUAAAUUGGUUUUUUUUUGUUUUAUUUUGUUUUUUUAAAGUCACAACCCAGACAACUUCUCAGCCUAAUCUUUAUUAUUGUAUUAAACAUUCAUAGUUCCUUGUUUCCAUUCUGUUGGAAAAUAUUUUGGGGACAGUUUUCAAAUAUGUUUAAGCACUUGGAUUACAGCACCCAUGUUUUUAGAUCUGUACAUAUUAACAUCUGUAUAUAUUAAAAUAACACAAAGUUUACUUUUUAACUUGUCAAUUUUAUGCACACAUGAAUAUCCUGGUACAUGCAAGGGUAGAACAUUAGUCUUCACUGUUGUUUGUAGAUAAGUGCUAAGCCAACUGAUUUUCCUUCAGAUUUAUGAAUACCCCUGGUUAAAAAUAAAUACUAGGUAGAUCCCAGUACUUUAAGAAAGCCUCUCAUUCCCAAACCUCUUUUUUUUUUUAAUCCCUCUUUUGUCCUGUAAAACCUACAAAAAAAUUAAUUUGGAAACUCUUUGUACUGAUUCUGUUUGGCAAAAAUAGGAGAAAGGGACCAGAAAGACAUACAGAACAAAACACACCAGCACUAAUUCAAGUAUGUCUUAGGACAGAUGACAAGCAAUUAGCCACAGCUAAUUCUUCCUUUUAGCCCCAUGGUAGGCUGGAAAGAACCCUUGCCUGGAAGUAAGGACACUUGAGGGCUUAAAUAUUGCUCUACCACUUCAGUAUCUGUGUUAACAUCGGCCCAGUCACUUUACCUCCAGUAUCCUUCAUCUGUAAAAUAAUGGGUUCUAUAAUAUUUGAAAAUCAUAGCUAUAAAAGGCAAAAUAUUAUCUAUUUUAAGGAAUUAAUGAGGAUAAUAAAGACCUAACUGAUCUCUUGAGUACUUGCCAUCUGCCAGAUUUUAUUAAUUUAACUUAUUCUAUUUCAUAUGGGCCAUUCCUUCUCUCUCUCAUGGAAUUUAGAACUAUCUGUGAAAUGCAAACAUUUAGGAACAGGGUAUUUUAAAGUAGAACUAUUUACUAACCUUUUGUCACAAGUCUUUUAAAGUACUAAUUAUAGUUUUCACUAUGUUUUUGUGUCAUAUCCUUUUAAACCUCAACCCCAUAUAAUUUUAUCUAUUAUUAUAAACUAAAAUUUACUGAGUUAGAUUCUGUGUCUUAAGAGGAAGCUGUCAGGGAAAGCUCAUGUUGAAAAUUGAAAGUAUUUCAUAUGAGAAUAUCUUGUCUCUUCCCAGCCUUGAGAUUAGUUGAAGUAUAAAACUUUUACCAGUGACCAAAAUCACCAGGUAAUGGAAAUUGUACUCCAUUAACACUGAUCCUUCCCACAUUAACCAUCUGCCUCCAUAGUCAUUACAGUUUCCCUGGUUUCAAAUGCCAGAUCUGCUACUUUCUGCUUGUGUGACACUGGGCAAGGCUCUUACCCUCUCUUAGGCCCCAGUUUCCUUAUAUGUAAAAUAAGGGAGUAGGACUAGAUGAGGUUCUUCUAGCUCUAAACCUAAGAUCCCUUCUCAGUAACUGGACUACUACAAACUUAAGACUAUAAUUUGAGAUAGUUAUUAAAUUUUCUCUUCUCUUUUUUUUGUACAUAUGUAUUUUUAUGAACAAUUUGUAUGAAAACCUAUUGAAAAGUAAAUUCUAUUUAUACCACUCCA